AUGGAUGUUUCCAUGGGGACUGUGAGGAUGUCCCAGAAGUGGAUGCUGAGAUGGGUCGUCCUAUUGGUCGGGCUGCAGUCCGUACAAGCAGACUUUAUGGGAGAUUAUGCAGACAUGGAAAAUCCUAUGGACUUUACCUGGCCGCCAACAACAACACCAGUUUUCCCUCCCAACAUAAACACUGUGAUGGUCACUAAAGAAUCAAAUCCUGAUCAUCAGUCCACGAUCUGCAGCACGUGGGGAAAUUUCCAUUUCAAGACAUUCGACGGUCAUUUCUUUCAAGUGCCAGACACGUGCAACUACAUUCUGGCCGUGAUGUGUGACACACCAUCUGAUUUUAACAUCCAAAUGCAAAGAGAGAUUGUGAAUGACUCAAUCGUUUUUAGCAAAAUCACAAUAGAUCUAAAGGAGGCAGUCAUUAAACUCACCGACAACGACAUCACCAUGGACGACCAAAAAUUGAAUAAUUCAACCUAUAAGAAUGGAAUAACAGUCGAGUUGAGCACAUCAAGUGUUAAGAUCUCUAACAAACAUGGAGUGACUGUCUUUUGGGAGAAGGACCAAUCUUUAUUGAUUGAACUUCCUGAGAAGUACAAAGGUCAGACCUGUGGACUCUGUGGAAACUUCAAUGGCAACCAGGCUGAUGAUUCAGUUGACAAUGAUGUUUCUGAUCUGGCCAAAAGGAAGGUGCCUUCACCUGAAUCCUGUGGCGGCGUCAAUCUUCCCCCUAAUGAUCAGUGCAAAAAUCAGACAAGUGUUUGCCAGCAGUAUCUCAGCAGUCCAGGGUUUAGCGACUGUUACAAUGUGAUGAACAUGGGUUCAUUUGAAGAGGCCUGUGUGAACGACCUGUGUCAAUGUUACGGCAAUCACGACUGUCUCUGCAACACACUCACGGAGAUUUCACGACAGUGCACACAUGCUGGAGGAAAUCCAGGAACAUGGAGGACAGAGCAGCUCUGCCCAAAGACAUGUCCUCUAAACAUGCAAUACCUGGAGUGUGGAAGUCCGUGCAAGAACACCUGCAAAGAUCCAACCGCAACUCUAACGUGCAACGAACACUGUGUGGACGGCUGUUUCUGCCCUGAAGGCACCGUUGAGGAUGACAUUGGUAAUAACGGUUGUGUUCCUGUGAACGACUGCCCAUGUGAGCACAAUGGCAACAUAUACUCAUCAGGAAUGUCAUACACACAAGCUUGUAAAACAUGUGUGUGUGCGGCUGGAUAUUGGAGCUGCACGGAUCUGGAAUGUCCCGGAAUCUGCUCUGUUGUGGGAGGGUCUCACAUCACCACUUACGAUGGAAAAAGAUUUUCUUUUAAUGGGAACUGUGACUACAUCCUCACUAAGCACUCUAGUGACAGUGAUAUUGCUGUCGUGGGAAAUCUGGCAGUGUGUGGUCCGGGCCGAACAGACACGUGUCUAAAUUCAGUGACCCUUGUCAUCUCAAAGACCACUAUUAGUUUUUCCUCCAGUGGAUCUGUUAUACUGAAUGGACGUCGAUAUCUGCUGCCUGUCCUUGAAGGUCCUGUGAGCAUCUUCCAGCCCUCUUCCUUCUUCAUUAUUGCUAAUAUGAAGAGUCUUCGUCUAGAGAUCCAGUUGGCUCCAGUCAUGCAGUUGUAUAUUGUCGCCAGCACUGAAGAGAAAGGAAAAAUGAGCGGUCUGUGUGGCAACUAUAACGACGUCCAAGAAGACGACUUUAAAACGGAAUCAGGCAUUACGGAGGGCACACCAACAACAUUUGUCAAUUUAUGGACGAAAAACUUGUACAGUUGUACAGAUGUCAAAAACACAUUUUUCCCAGAAAAUCCCUGCAGCUUGAUUUCAGAGACAGAGAAAAUAGCUAAAGAAUGGUGUUCCCGUCUCACAAACCCAAACGGAGUCUUUUCCCCAUGUCAUUCGGAAAUAUGUCCUGAGAUUUACUACCAAUGGUGCGUCUAUGACACCUGCAAGUGUGCAGAUAUUAAAAAGUGUAUGUGUGCGGCCGUGUCCACGUAUGCCCACGCAUGUGCUGCCAAAGGAGUCAUUCUCCAGGGCUGGAUGGAUUCAGACCCCUGUGUGACUGAGUGUCCAGAAAACAUGAAGUACUCUUACGGAGUGACCAGCUGUGGAAGCACCUGCCGCUCUCUCAGUGUUCACGAUAACACCUGCCAAGGGUCCUUCACACCUGUAGACGGCUGUGUCUGUCCUGAGGGAACAUACCUCAAUGAAGCCGGCAGCUGUGUACAUGCAGACCAGUGUCCUUGUUACUAUGGUGACAAAGUCAUAGACACAUCAGGAAUAUUCUACAAUAAUGGUGUUAAAUGCAAAUGCAACCAUGGAAAAUUGAACUGCUCCAGCCAAGCAGACUGUGUAGAUCCAAUGGUCUUCUUCAACUGCACAAAUCCUGGAACAAGAGGGACAGAGUGUCAGAGGACGUGUGAGAAACAAGACCUAAACAACUGUGUGAGCACAGGGUGUGUAUCAGGGUGUAUGUGUCCAGACGGCCUUCUGGCUGAUGGCAAAGGUGGGUGUGUGGAGAGGGAAAAAUGCACCUGUGUCCAUAAUGGACUCACCUAUUCACCUGGAAAGAAAGUUCAAGAGGACUGUAACACCUGCACAUGCAUAAACGGGAUGUGGAGUUGUACAGAUAAAGAGUGUUACGGCACCUGUACCGUCUACGGUGACGGUCAUUUCAAGACUUUUGAUGGCAGGAAAUAUUCCUUCCACGGAGACUGUAAACACACCUUAGCCCACGAUUAUUGCAAUAUGGACCAGACUCCAACCUUCCGCCUUGUCAUAGAGAACACACUCUGUUUGACCACCGACACCAUCUGCAAGUCAAUCAGUCUCUCCUUUGGGCGAUACGAGAUACUGUUAUCAGAGGAUGGAGUCAAAGUUGUUGAAACCAAUGGCACAGAUUACCAAUAUCAGAUCCGUUCUGCUGGGAUAUAUAUUGUCACAGAGGUCGAAGGUCUUUUAAACUUAAUCUGGGACAAUAAAACAAGCCUGAUGCUCCAACUCCAUCCUAAAUUAAAGGGCAAGGUGUGUGGGCUGUGUGGAAACUUUGAUGGCAAUGCGAAUAAUGACUUUAUGAAGCACAAUGGAGAAGAGGUGACCGAUCCUGUGGAAUUUGGAAAUAGCUGGAAGGUGGAUACCAAUUGCCUAGAUGUGACAAACACAAUCGACCUUUGUGAAAAAAAUCCACAUCGGAAAGCCUGGGCUGAAAAACGAUGCAGCAUCGUUAAUAACAAAGUCUUUGAAGAAUGUAAUGCAUCUGUGGCCCCUGGCCCAUACUAUGAUGCCUGUGUAAGGGACACCUGUGCAUGUGACAGCAGUGACUGUGAUUGUUUCUGUACUGCAGUGGCAGCUUAUGCUGCUGAAUGCCGUAAAAAAGAGGUUUGUGUGACAUGGCGGAGUCCAGACAUUUGCCCUGUAUUUUGUGGAUAUUAUGACCCCGAUAAUGAAUGUGAGUGGCACUAUAAAUCCUGUGGACCAACUUGCAUAAAAACCUGCAGAAACCCCUCAGGAACCUGCUCUGAUCAAAUUCCUCCUCUUGAAGGAUGUUUUCCUCAGUGCCCUCCAGAUACGCCAUAUCUGAAUGAGAUGACCAUGAAGUGUGUUCCAGAUUGUCCAGAGAUAAUUAUAGACAAUUUCACUUCUACAACAACUACUGUAACAACAUCUACAGAGACAGAAACAACACCUUCUACAACAACAUCAACAGAGACAACUACAACCACUUCCACUCCAACAACUACUGUAACAACAUCUACAGAGACAGAAUCAACACCUUCUACAACUCCUACAACGUCAACAUCAACAGAGACACCUACAACUUCUUUCACCACUACAACAACUACUGUAACAACAACACCUACAGUGUCAGUAACAACACCAAUCAAUUGUAUCUAUGUCAUUAGUUGUAAGUGGUCAGAGUGGUUUGACAGCAACAAACCCAGCACAGAUCCACGAGGAUUGGAAACCGAAUCCAUUGAUGCUUUGUGGACUUCAAAUAAAAUACCCUGUCAGACACCAGAAGACAUUGAAUGCAGGGCAGUAGAUUAUCCAGACUCGUCCUUGACGCAAACCGUGCAUUGCAAUGCAUCCUAUGGCUUGAUGUGUUCAAAUGAAGAAAAUGCAGAUCGCAUGAUACCACUUUGUUAUAAUUAUGAAAUACGUGUAAAUUGUUGCAUUGCGGUUUGUUCUACACCAAUUUCCAAUACCACUACUCCUACUUCAACAGCUAUUGUAACAACAACAUCUACAGAGACACCUACAACCACGUCCACUCCAACAACUACUGUAAAAACAUCUACAGAGACUGAGACAACACCUUCUACAACAACAUCAACAGAGACAACUACAACCACUUCCACUCCAACAACUACUGUAACACCAUAUACAGAGACAGAAACAACACCUUCAACAACAACAUCGACAGAGACAACUACAACCACUUCCACUCCAACAACUACUGUAACACCAUAUACAGAGACAACACCUUCAACAACAACAUCAACAGAGACAACUACAACCACGUCCACUCCAACAACUACUGUAACACCAUAUACAGAGACAGAAACAACACCUUCAACAACAACAUCGACAGAGACAACUACAACCACGUCCACUCCAACAACUACUGUAACACCAUAUACAGAGACAGAAACAACACCUUCAACAACAACAUCUACAGAGACAACUACAACCACUUCCACUCCAACAACUACUGUAACACCAUAUACAGAGACAGAAACAACACAUUCUACAACAACAUCAACAGAGACAACUACAACCACUUCCACUCCAACAACUACUGUAACACCAUAUACAGAGACAACACCUUCAACAACAACAUCAACAGAGACAACUACAACCACGUCCACUCCAACAACUACUGUAACACCAUAUACAGAGACAGAAACAACACCUUCAACAACAACAUCGACAGAGACAACUACAACCACGUCCACUCCAACAACUACUGUAACACCAUAUACAGAGACAGAAACAACACCUUCAACAACAACAUCUACAGAGACAACUACAACCACGUCCACUCCAACAACUACUGUAACACCAUAUACAGAGACAGAAACAACACCUUCAACAACAACAUCGACCGAGACAACUACAACCACUUCCACUCCAACAACUACUGUAACAACAUCUACAGAGACAACACCUUCUACAACUCCUACAACGUCAACAUCAACAGAGACACCUACAACUUCUUUCACCACUACAACAACUACUGUAACAACAACACCUACAGUGUCAGUAACAACACCAAUCAAUUGUAUCUAUGUCAUUAGUUGUAAGUGGUCAGACUGGUUUGACAGCAACAAACCCAGCACAGAUCCACAAGGAUUGGAAACCGAAUCCAUUGAUGCUUUGUGGACUUCAAAUAAAAUACCCUGUCAGACACCAAAAGACAUUGAAUGCAGGGCAGUAGAUUAUCCAGACUCGUCCUUGACGCAAACCGUGCAUUGCAAUGCAUCCUAUGGCUUGAUGUGUUCAAAUGAAGAAAAUGCAGAUCGCAUGAUACCACUUUGUUAUAAUUAUGAAAUACGUGUAAAUUGUUGCAUUGCGGUUUGUUCUACACCAAUUUCCAAUACCACUACUCCUACUUCAACAGCUAUUGUAACAACAACAUCUACAGAGACACCUACAACCACGUCCACUCCAACAACUACUGUAAAAACAUCUACAGAGACUGAGACAACACCUUCUACAACAACAUCAACAGAGACAACUACAACCACUUCCACUCCAACAACUACUGUAAAAACAUCUACAGAGACUGAGACAACACCUUCUACAACAACAUCAACAGAGACAACUACAACCACGUCCACUCCAACAACUACUGUAACACCAUAUACAGAGACAGAAACAACACCUUCAACAACAACAUCGACAGAGACAACUACAACCACUUCCACUCCAACAACUACUGUAACACCAUAUACAGAGACAACACCUUCAACAACAACAUCUACAGAGACACCUACAACCACGUCCACUCCAACAACUACUGUAACACCAUAUACAGAGACAGAAACAACACCUUCAACAACAACAUCGACAGAGACAACUACAACGACUUCCACUCCAACAACUACUGUAACACCAUAUACAGAGACAGAAACAACACCUUCAACAACAACAUCUACAGAGACAACUACAACCACGUCCACUCCAACAACUACUGUAACACCAUAUACAGAGACAGAAACAACACCUUCAACAACAACAUCUACAGAGACAACUACAACCACGUCCACUCCAACAACUACUGUAACACCAUAUACAGAGACAGAAACAACACCUUCAACAACAACAUCAACAGAGACAACUACAACCACGUCCACUCCAACAACUACUGUAACACCAUAUACAGAGACAGAAACAACACCUUCAACAACAACAUCAACAGAGACAACUACAACCACGUCCACUCCAACAACUACUGUAACACCAUAUACAGAAACAGAAACAACACCUACAACAACAUCUACAGAGACAACUACAACCACGUCCACUCCAACAACUACUGUAACACCAUAUACAGAGACAGAAACAACACCUUCUACAACAACGUCAACAGAGACAACUACAACCACGUCCACUCCAACAACUACUGUAACACCAUAUACAGAGACAGAAACAACACCUUCUACAACAACAUCUACAGAGACAACUACAACCACUUCCACUCCAACAACUACUGUAACACCAUAUACAGAGACAGAAACAACACCUUCUACAACAUCAACAGAGACAACUACAACCACUUCCACUCCAACAACUACUGUAACACCAUAUACAGAGACAGAAACAACACCUUCUACAACAACAUCAACAGAGACAACUACAACCACGUCCACUCCAACAACUACUGUAACACCAUAUACAGAGACAGAAACAACACCUUCAACAACAUCGACAGAGACAACUACAACCACUUCCACUCCAACAACUACGGUAACAACAUCUACAGAGACAACACCUUCUACAACUCCUACAACGUCAACAUCAACAGAGACACCUACAACUUCUUUCACCACUACAACAACUACUGUAACAACAACACCUACAGUGUCAGUAACAACACCAAUCAAUUGUAUCUAUGUCAUUAGUUGUAAGUGGUCAGACUGGUUUGACAGCAACAAACCCAGCACAGAUCCACAAGGAUUGGAAACCGAAUCCAUUGAUGCUUUGUGGACUUCAAAUAAAAUACCCUGUCAGACACCAGAAGACAUUGAAUGCAGGGCAGUAGAUUAUCCAGACUCGUCCUUGACGCAAACCGUGCAUUGCAAUGCAUCCUAUGGCUUGAUGUGUUCAAAUGAAGAAAAUGCAGAUCGCAUGAUACCACUUUGUUAUAAUUAUGAAAUACGUGUAAAUUGUUGCAUUGCGGUUUGUUCUACACCAAUUUCCAAUACCACUACUCCUACUUCAACAGCUAUUGUAACAACAACAUCUACAGAGACACCUACAACCACUUCCACUCCAACAACUACUGUAAAAACAUCUACAGAGACUGAGACAACACCUUCUACAACAACAUCAACAGAGAUAACUACAACCACUUCCACUCCAACAACUACUGUAAAAGCAUCUACAGAAACAGAAACAACACCUUCUACAACAACAUCUACAGAGACAACUACAACCACGUCCACUCCAACAACUACUGUAACACCAUAUACAGAGACAACACCUUCAACAACAACAUCAACAGAGACAACUACAACCACAGACAACUACAACCACGUCCACUCCAACAACUACUGUAACACCAUAUACAGAAACAAAAACAACACCUUCUACAACAACAUCUACAGAGACAACUACAACAACGUCCACUCCAACAACUACUGUAACACCAUAUACAGAGACAGAAACAACACCUUCUACAACAACAUCGACAGAGACAACUACAACAACGUCCACUCCAACAACUACUGUAACACCAUAUACAGAGACAGAAACAACACCUUCUACAACAUCAACAGAGACAACUACAACCACUUCCACUCCAACAACUACUGUAACACCAUAUACAGAGACAGAAACAACACCUUCUACAACAUCUACAGAGACAACUACAACCACGUCCACUCCAACAACUACUGUAACACCAUAUACAGAGACAGAAACAACACCUUCUACAACAACAUCGACAGAGACAACUACAACAACGUCCACUCCAACAACUACUGUAACACCAUAUACAGAGACAGAAACAACACCUUCUACAACAUCAACAGAGACAACUACAACCACUUCCACUCCAACAACUACUGUAACACCAUAUACAGAGACAGAAACAACACCUUCUACAACAUCAACAGAGACAACUACAACCACUUCCACUCCAACAACUACUGUAACACCAUAUACAGAGACAGAAUCAACACCUUCAACAACAACAUCAACAGAGACAACUACAACCACGUCCACUCCAACAACUACUGUAACACCAUAUACAGAAACAGAAACAACACCUACAACAACAUCUACAGAGACAACUACAACCACGUCCACUCCAACAACUUCUGUAACACCAUAUACAGAAACAGAAACAACACAUUCUACAACAACAUCAACAGAGACAACUACAACCACGUCCACUCCAACAACUACUGUAACACCAUAUACAGAAACAGAAACAACACAUUCUACAACAACAUCAACAGAGACAACUACAACCACUUCCACUCCAACAACUACUGUAACACCAUAUACAGAAACAGAAACAACACAUUCUACAACAACAUCAACAGAGACAACUACAACCACACAACUACAACCACGUCCACUCCAACAACUACUGUAACACCGUAUACAGAGACAGAAACAACACCUUCUACAACAACAUCAACAGAGACAACUACAACCACUUCCACUCCAACAACUACUGUAACACCAUAUACAGAGACAGAAACAACACCUUCUACAACAACAUCUACAGAGACAACUACAACCACAUCCACUCCAACAACUACUGUAACACCAUAUACAGAGACAGAAACAACACCUUCAACAACAUCGACAGAGACAACCACAACCACUUCCACUCCAACAACUACUGUAACAACAUCUACAGAGACAACACCUUCUACAACUCCUACAACGUCAACUUCAACAGAGACACCUACAACUUCUUUCACCACUACAACAACUACUGUAACAACAACACCUACAGUGUCAGUAACAACACCAAUCAAUUGUAUCUAUGUCAUUAGUUGUAAGUGGUCAGACUGGUUUGACAGCAACAAACCCAGCACAGAUCCACGAGGAUUGGAAACCGAAUCCAUUGAUGCUUUGUGGACUUCAAAUAAAAUACCCUGUCAGACACCAGAAGACAUUGAAUGCAGGGCAGUAGAUUAUCCAGACUCGUCCUUGACGCAAACCGUGCAUUGCAAUGCAUCCUAUGGCUUGAUGUGUUCAAAUGAAGAAAAUGCAGAUCGCAUGAUACCACUUUGUUAUAAUUAUGAAAUACGUGUAAAUUGUUGCAUUGCGGUUUGUUCUACACCAAUUUCCAAUACCACUACUCCUACUUCAACAGCUAUUGUAACAACAACAUCUACAGAGACACCUACAACCACUUCCACUCCAACAACUACUGUAAAAACAUCUACAGAGACUGAGACAACACCUUCUACAACAACAUCUACAGAGACAACUACAACCACUUCCACUCCAACAACUACUGUAACACCAUAUACAGAGACAGAAGCAACACCUUCAACAACAACAUCUACAGAGACAACUACAACCACGUCCACUCCAACAACUACUUUAACACCAUAUACAGAGACUGAAACAACACCUUCUACAACAACAUCAACAACAGAGACAACUACAACCACUUCCACUCCAACAACUACUGUAACACCAUAUACAGAGACAGAAACAACACCUUCUACAACAACAUCAACAGAGACAACUACAACCACGUCCACUCCAACAACUACUGUAACACCAUAUACAGAGACAGAAACAACACCUUCUAAUACAACAUCAACAGAGACAACUACAACCACGUCCACUCCAACAACUACUGUAACACCAUAUACAGAGACAGAAACAACACCUUCUACAACAACAUCGACAGAGACAACUACAACAACGUCCACUCCAACAACUACUGUUACAAAAACAUCUACAGAAACAUCAACAUCAUCUACUAUAAUUUCUUCGACCAAAUUCACUGUGCACACAGAGGCGCCAUUCAGCUCCACAACACCUGGACAUCAGAAAGUAAACAACACAUCUACAAUUCCCACUACAACCAGCAGUAUCCCAUGUUAUAAGAAGUGUGACCCAAAAGAUGCAAUCCAACCUAACUGUGUCAAUGGACUUCCCCCUGAGAAAGUCUAUUAUAACAAUGGCUGCUGCUACAAGUAUGAGUGUCCUUGUAGAUGCAACAGCUAUGGUGACCCUCAUUACAAAACCUUUGAUGGACAAUAUUAUACUUUCCAAGGAAACUGCACUUAUGUUUUGUUCCAAGAAAUCAUCCCAAGAUACAAUAUCAGUGUCCACAUUAAAAACUAUUUUUGUGAUGUUAAAAAAAAUCUUGCCUGCCCAGAGUAUGUCAUUGUGAACUACAAAUCCUAUCAAAUCAAGCUUACAAGCAACACUAAAGAGGUCCAGGUCUUUGUUAAUGAUACAGAGAUGAAGCCAACAAUCGAACUGGGAGAUAUAAUCAUUACCACUACUGGCAUUACAGUGCUCGUGAAUGUAUCUGAUAUUAAGGUUGAGAUUUUAGUCGGAACUCUAGGUGUUAUUGUCAAACUCCCAUUCUCAUACUUCCAUCAUAAUACUGAGGGACAGUGUGGGGUUUGUGACAAUAACACAGCAAAUGACUGCAGACUCCCUAACGGAACAAUUGACAAAUCUUGUGAACACAUGGCACAGUUUUGGAUGGUACCCCCAGGAUGCAAUGCUCCUAAUGUACCUCCAAAGAAUAAAAGUUGUUCAUCUGAAACGUACAACUCCUGUGAACUCAUCAAGAGCAAAUUAUUUGAAAAAUGCCAUGGGGUUGUUCCAUAUCAAAGCUAUUAUGAGGCAUGCAAAUAUGAUGCAUGUGCCCUUCAAAAUAAGUCUGUUGCGUGUAUCAGCCUGGAGGCCUAUGCACAGGAAUGUGGCCUGCAGUCUGUUUGUGUGGACUGGAGAAACUCAGCCGACCUCAAAGGGCUAUGCGAAUACAAGUGUCCGAGUAACAAAGUCUACAAGGCAUGUGGGCCUAAAAUAGAAAAAACUUGCAGUACAAGAUACAAUGAUAAGUUUGUGGAGAAAGAUUGCCAAGGCAAAGAUUGUGAAAACACACUCAUGGAAGGUUGUUUCUGUCCUGACAACACAUAUCGAGUUAGUUCAACGACGGAUAAAUGUACACCUAACUGCGAUUGCAUGGGCCCUGAUGGGUUACCUAGACUGCCCGGGGAUACAUGGACCUUCAACUGUACCAGAUACAGCUGCUCCAGUGACACCUUUGGUAUUACGAAAGAAAAGAUUAUGUGUCCCACCAUUGAACCGUGUGGCAAAGAAUACAAAACAACAACUGAAAACUGCUGUCCAACUUGUGUGUGUGAUUUCGAGCUGUGUCUUAAGAAGAAAUGUGAUGUGGGAUUUGAGUUGUCAACGAAUACGCCUAUUAAUAGUUGCUGUCCACCCUGUGUUCGCAAAGACGUCUGUGUGUACAAUAACACUGAAUACAAGCCUGGAGUUAAAAUCCCUAUGGAGCCUUGUGUGGAAUGUUACUGUGAAAUGGACAAAGACCCACAGACUCAACUACAUAAUGUGACAUGUUUUACUAAAGUCUGUGCACCUUGUGCUGAGGGCUCUGAAUAUGUGAAACAAGAAGGAGAGUGCUGUGGAACAUGUGUACCAAAGAACUGUACUUACAUGGCGGACAACACGACACAUACUCUCAGGGUUGGAGAAGUCUACAGUUCCAAAUGUGAAAAUGUAUCCUGUCGUGAAAUUAAUGGCUCGCUUGUGACUGAGAAGAGUAUAAGAGAAUGUCCUUACACGAGUUCACUUAGCUGUGGGCCUGGGCAAUCAUAUGUGAAAAACGUUGGAGAGUGCUGUGGAACGUGUACACAAGUGGAAUGUGUAUAUGAUGCCCCAGACAACACAAGGCAUACUCUCAAGGUUCAUGAGGGGUACAAAUUCAAAUGUACAACUGCUAACUGCAUUAAAGUGAAUGACUCAUUUGCUAUUGUGGAGAGCAUUAAAACAUGCCCUAAAUUUAAUCCAGUGUACUGUGAGCCAGGAACAAUUAAAUUUGACCAGGAUGGAUGUUGUGAAAUCUGUGAACCCACAAACUGUGUGCUUGGGAAGAACGUCACCCGUCUGCGUUACGAUAAUUGCACUUCCAUUGAUAAUGUUGAAGUCACUUCCUGCACUGGCCAGUGUGACAGCAAAUCACUGUAUUCGAUGGAAAAGAACAGCAUGAACCACACCUGUUCUUGCUGCCAGGAGAAGAAAUCCAGCAAACGACAGGUGAUGCUGAAGUGUGCCAAUAGCAGCGAGAUCCUUCAUCACUACAUGUAUGUUGAGAGCUGCACAUGCACCGAAUGUGUGGACAAGAAUAACUCUGGAUAAAAAGAUCCUGCUUGACUUCUGCUGAUUUAAAAGUGACUCAAUCUGUCACUAAAAAGCAACAAUUUUAAAAUGUAUUAUUGAAAAUGACAACAAUGAUUUAAGCUGAUUGUUGUAGUGCAUUAUAGCUAAAAUUAUUUUGGCAAAUAUUGCACCACUUAUUUUUUCUUUGUGGUUUCAUCUAGGGGUAAAGUUAACUCUAAGCAUGAUUUAUUUAGUCAGUUCUUGAAGGGGGCAUUUUUGUAUUCUUUAGACUCUCUGGUAGCUAAUGCAUGAUUUAAUGAUGUACUUUUCUUUCCAAUGAAAUGAAUUCAAAUUAAAAUAAAGCAUAAUAAAGAGCAUCAA